AAUUAGAUAAAUGUGAAGUGGUAGAUGUCGGCAAUAGAUGGUAUCCACGUCAUAAAACGACACUCAGUUAGGUGACAGCUGACAGAUUCUCCACUUUCUUGUCAGCUGCAAAGCUGAAGCCCAAACCUUUUUAGGGCACUGCACGAACAAACUAACAAACUCUAUCUCUCUAUCUCUUUCGUUAUUCUAUCAAAUCAAAUCAUUAUUUUGAGAAUCUUUUGGUUUUUUCAGUAUCGAACAACAAACACUAAAAGAAACAGAAAUAAAUAUACCCACCAAAUCAUUUCCUUUAUCUGCAAGUCUAAAAGUCUUUCAAUUUAAUUUCCAAUAAAUAUCACAACCCAACCAACAAACAAAUAGAAUUCCACAAUUCACUUUCAACAACUCCUUAUUCCAAGGGCAAGGAUUUUGGACCACAGACAUGGCCUUGUUUCGUAAACUCUUUUACAGGAAGCCACCUGAUGGCCUUCUGGAGAUCUGUGAACGUGUCUACGUUUUUGAUUGCUGCUUUACUAUUGAUGCUUGGGAAGAAGAAAACUACGAAGUCUACAUAAAAGGAAUAGUUAGUCAUCUUCAAGAUCACUUCCCUGAUGCUUCAUUCUUGGUCUUUAAUUUCCGAGAAGGAGAACCACAAAGCCAGAUCGCUGAAUUUCUAUCUGAGUAUGAUAUGACGAUAAUGGAUUACCCUCGUCAUUAUGAAGGGUGCCCAUUAAUCGCAAUGGAGGUGCUCCACCAUUUUCUGAGAUCGUGCGAAAGCUGGCUUUCACUUGGUCAGCAUAAUUUGCUGCUAAUGCAUUGUGAACGGGGUGGUUGGCCAGUCUUGGCCUUCAUGCUGGCUGCAUUGCUAUUAUAUAGGAAGCAGUACAGCGGAGAGCAGAAGACGUUGGACAUGAUAUACAGGCAAGCUCCUCGUGAGCUUUUGCAGUUGCUUUCACCCCUGAAUCCAAUGCCUUCACAAUUGAGAUAUUUACAGUAUGUCUCAAGGAGGAAUGUGGCCUCAGAAUGGCCUCCUUUGGAUCGAGCUCUCACCUUGGAUUGCAUCAUUCUUAGAUACAUUCCAAAUGUUGAUGGAGAGGGAGGCUGCCGUCCAAUAUUUAGAAUAUAUGGACAGGAUCCUUUUCUUGUUGUUGAUAGAACUUCAAAAGUUUUGUACUCAACCCCCACAAGAAGCAAAUCUAUCCGGUAUUAUAAGCAGAAAGAGUGUGCGCUUGCUAAAAUUGACAUAAAUUGCCAUAUUCAAGGUGAUGUUGUGGUUGAGUGUAUCAACUUGAAUGAUGACAUGGAAAGAGAGGGGAUGAUAUUCAGGGUUGUGUUUAACACAGCUUUUAUUAGAUCAAACAUUUUGAUGCUCAAUCGUGAUGACAUUGAUAUUUUAUGGGAUGCCAAGGAGCUGUUUCCAAAAGAAUUUAGAGCUGAGAUUCUUUUCUCAGAAAUGGAUGCUGCUUCUUCCAUUAUUUCCAUGGAUUUUUCUUGCUUUGAAGAUAAAGAAGGUCUUCCAAUGGAAGCAUUUUCCAAAGUUCAAGAAAUCUUUAGUAAUGUUGACUGGAUGGAUCCUCGGGCAGAUGUUGCAUUCAACGUGCUUCAACAAAUAGGUGCAUCAAAUAUUGUCCAAGAAAAGUCUGACAGUGAUUGGAAUAGCAGCGUGAACCUCAGCCCUCGGCUGGGGAGAUUAAGUCCUAAAAAUCUUCAGAAGGAAAAAAAGCUCACGGGAUUACCAAGUAGCCCAAGGAGUCCUGCAUCUAUGGGUAUGAAGAUUCUGCCUGCACCCUCACAAGAGUCAUCUAUUGAUUCAGAUGCAAGUAAGGAGGCUAAGCCCCAAGACUCUUACAUUGAACCAUUCGCUCGGUCUGAUGUCACGCAUCAACAAAAUAACCAGUAUACUGCGAAUUUGCUUGAUUCUGUAUCAUCUGUUGGUCGGGUCAGUCAUUUAACUACAACAUCUGCAGCUGCAGUAAAUGUUUCUCGGGCAGUGUCAAAUAUACCUAAAGUGGAUGAAACUAAAAGCAUUUCAAUUUCAUCCCAAGCGCCUCUACCUCCUCCAGUUCAACCUCCCUCAAGUUCUGGUGGAACAAAAGCUCUUCCUCAUCCCCCACCACCUCCACCAUUGCCAACUCCUCUUUCUUCAGCAUUAGAACCAUUAAAGUCUUCACCUGCCAAAGAAACUGGAACUUACUUACAGGACAAAAAUCAGACUGCAUUAGCCAAAGAUCAGUCUUCGAAGGCUUCCUCUUCUACUUCCACUCCAGCCUUUGCAAUAGCUUCAACUUUGACACCUCCUUUAACACCACCUCGCAAGGAGAACCCAGCUGUUAGAGUGAUCCUUCCUGCUGUUCCUCCACCUCCUCCAACACCGCCUUUGAAAGAGAGUGGUGUACCUCUGGACGCAUCUCCAUCAUUGGAGGAAAAUUUAGCUUUGAGAGCUACAACUCCAGCAGCACCUAUACCUCCUCCUGCAUCUCCUUUGAAUAAAAUUGAAGCUGUUAGAGAUGGACUUCUUGCAGUGCCUCCACCUUCUCCUCCUCCAACACGUGUUAGAGCUGGGCCUCCUAUAGCCCCCCCACCUCCUCCUCCAAUGCCACCUUUGAAGGAAAAUUCAGCUUCUAGAUCUGCAUCCCCGCCACCUCCACCUCCUUUUCAUUCCAGGCAAGCGGCAAUUCAUACAGCUUCAUCAUUAGCACCCGCACCACCACCACCACCCACCCCUCCCUUGUCAUCAAAUUCUUCUCAAGUUCCUGCUGCCCCGCCUCCCCCUGCUCCUUUUGGUAAAAAGACAAAUGCUGUUUCUCCAGAAACUCGAUCUAUAGGUAGUAGUGGAUCUUCAGCUCCUGCACCACCACCUUUUAUUUCUUCCACGAAUCCAAAGAAUAGACUUCUGUCGCGUACGAUUAGUUCAAAGAGUCACCAGACCAAGAAACUAAAGCCAUUGCAUUGGUUGAAGUUAUCUAGAGCUGUGCAGGGAAGCCUAUGGGCUGAAGCACAAAAAUUGGGUGAAGCUUCCAAGGCUCCAGAGAUUGACAUGUCAGAGCUUGAGCAUCUUUUCUCAGCAGCAGCUCCUAAUACAGAUCGUGGAAGUAAAUCAAGUUCGCGUACAGCACGUGGGCCAAAAUCUGAGAAGGUGCAACUGAUUGACCACAGACGUGCAUAUAAUUGCGAAAUCAUGCUUUCAAAAGUGAAAGUGCCUUUGCCUGACUUAAUGAGUUCGGUUCUUGCCUUGGAAGAAUCAGCAUUAGAUGUUGACCAGGUUGAAAACCUCAUAAAAUUUUGUCCUACCAAAGAGGAGAUGGAAGUACUAAAGGGCUACACUGGAGAAAAGGAAAAGUUGGGGAAAUGUGAACUGUUCUUCUUGGAGCUAAUGAAAGUUCCCAGAGUAGAAUCCAAACUCAGGGUGUUCUCUUUUAAGAUACAGUUUCGCUCCCAGGUUUCUGACCUCAGACGUAGCCUUAAUGUUGUAAACUCUACAGCAGAGGAGAUCAGAAAUUCUGUCAAAUUGAAGAGAAUCAUGCAGACAAUUCUUUCGUUGGGAAAUGCUUUGAACCAGGGAACUGCAAGGGGUUCUGCUAUUGGAUUUAGGUUGGAUAGUCUUCUCAAACUAACCGAUACACGUGCGCGGAACAACAAAAUGACUCUCAUGCAUUACCUUUGCAAGGUGCUUGCUGAUAAGCUUCCAGAUCUACUGGAUUUUUCAAAAGAUAUUUCCAGUUUAGAACCUGCGUCAAAGAUACAACUGAAAUUUUUGGCAGAGGAAAUGCAAGCCAUAAGCAAAGGAUUAGAGAAAGUUGUGCAGGAACUGUCCAGUUCUGAAAAUGAUGGACCUGUGUCCGAAAAUUUCCGUGAGACUUUAAAGGAGUUCCUUUGUUUUGCCGAAUCCGAAGUGAGAUCCCUGGCUUCACUAUACUCGGGGGUGGGUAGAAAUGUGGAUGCGUUGAUUCUUUAUUUUGGAGAAGAUCCAGCUCGUUGUCCCUUUGAACAAGUUACUUCGACUCUACUCAAUUUUGUAAGGAUGUUUAACAAAGCUCAUGAAGAGAACUGCAAGCAGCUUGAGCAAGAAACGAAAAAGUCAACGAAAAGUGAGAAGUUGAAGAUGAAUGCUUCGCAGAACAAAUCAGAAAAUAUAUUACAAACUUCUAUUGAGAGCAGCAAUGUUAAAUGAUUCAGAGAUCAUCCUAAACUGCUUCCAUUCUCAGGAGAAGAGAGGGUACAGGAGUCCAACAAGUAUUUAAAUUAGCAGAAAAAGAAGGUGGAGGGGUUGCUGUUGUUGAGAGGAGAACGUAUGGUUGACUGAUACAUCAAAUGUGGAAUUUAAAUGUGAAAGUGAUGCAUUUCAUCACAAACUCGAAGCUUUUGAGUGGCAAGCACUAAGAUGGAGUUAAACUAUUCGAUUACUUCCGUAGGCAACUUGUAAAAUAUCCACUCACAGAACUCGUAAGUAGUUUUCCAGAAAGAUUUUGGGGAUUGUGAAUCUCUUUUUUCCCCCAUCAAAAUUUUGUUUGUUACUUUUGUUUGAUUUUCAUGAGUUUGCUUUUGGCCAAUGUCAUGUUUUGUUUCACAACAAAUAUAUCAUUGUGGAAACUGUAUAUCUGCUAUAUUUAUUGAUGGGGCUCCUUUGCACAAAAUAGA